AUGAAAGCUACUAGCAAUAUCAUCGGCCUAUUUUUAAUGUCUGUCGUACACUUCGUGUCGCCAGAAGAAGGUGGUAUUGCUUCCAAAGAGUUUUCUGGAAAAAUUCACCGACGAUGUCCAUACAGACUACGAAAACUGUGGCAGACAGACAUCAGUUCCUUCCCAUUUGCAGCCACCCCACUAGUAGUAGAUGUGGAUGGUGAUGGCGGCCUGGACGUUGUUGCGGCUCCAACAGGCAAACCCCUGCAUGAUACCAGCUGGCCUCAGCACAACUUGGACAAGUCAGUGCACUCAUCCCCGCUGCAGUACGAUAUUGACGGUGAUGGAGUCUUGGACAUACUGUUCAUGACCACGCAAGGUGAGGGACUGUUCUACACUGGAGUCGGACAUCCCCUUGGUAAAUACUCCUUUCAGCUUGAGCCGGCCUAUGUGAAGUCAGACUGGUUCAAGAGUUCUAACAGUGUCGAUUAUCAGAACAUUGCUAGCUAUGUAACAGAUACACCAAAAGAAGGCUACAUUCCAGUAGAUGCCCAUAUACUGAGCACACCUGUCUUACACCAAACACAUCUGUUGAUCAUACCUGUCUCAUUUUAUUUUGACGAUGAUGAUGAAAGUAACAGUGAUUCAGAUGCUACCAGAACUUUGGAACAUGUUGAAGCCAAAGACAAGUUUUAUGUUGGGGCUAUUUCAGUUGUGGAUCUUAAACAGCUAAAAGUUCAUAAAAAUCUGGCCGUCACAAACCAAGAUGCCUCUGCUGUCAGAACUGUUUUCCUGGAGCUGUCACAGACUCCUGUGUUUAACUUGUUUACACCAACAGUCAUGGAUUUAGACGGAAACUUUGGGGAAGCAGAAAUUAUCACUGGGCUGUCGUCUGGAAACCUCUGUGUCAUGUCCUUGGACGGCGUGCAGAGGUCAGGAUAUCCCAGAAAUAUAGGGCCAAUAUCGGGAAGGAUCACCAUUGCUGAGCUCGGCAGAGAGUCUAGUCUCAGUCUUGUGGUGAUAAAUACCACGGGUACUGUAGUCUGCCUGGAUGCUGUGACUGGCCGGGACAGGUGGUCAGCGAAUAUCGGAGGGUUAAGCUUUGCUGGCAGCAAGGUUGUGGAUGUGGAUCUGGAUGGGGAGCUUGAUGUUGUGAUAGCAACAGAUGAGGGAAAUGUGUUUGCCCUCCAUGGUGAAAAUGGGACAUUGGUCCCAAAUUAUCCUUUUAAGACGGGACGCAGGAUAGCGGGACAUGUGUUGGUGACAAAGUUCAAUGCUGUCAGAGGACCAGUUGAUUUGGUGUUUCUAUCAGAGGAUGGUGUUCUUCAUAUUUUGGCAGCCGAUCACAGCUGCCUGUCUCAGGUAGCCCUGGCCGACUUUUCCCUGGUGGACAUUCUAUCUCAGAAUGUGGUUUUGAUGAGUCGUGGGGUUGAGCUAAUCAUAGCAACAUCUGACGGCAGCCUUGUGUGUCUGGGCUCGGGGGUGGACACCCCACCGGAGGAACUGUAUGAAGAUGAGUUUGUUCUCAUGGCCAGCCGGAUGGCUUCUCCCAGUAGCCCGCUGGCCCAGAAUGAUUUUGUUUUUACUGUCAAUAAGAUUACAGUUUUGAUAGAUGGAAAUACUAAAAGCCGGAAAGAAAUUACUGGCAGCUCAUUUGAUCUGUAUUUUUCUAUCCAUGGAGCCGAAAGAGGACAGAAAUUUGAUGUUCGGGUCUACAUGGGAAGUCAGGAGGUCCACCAACAAAUGAUGACCCAACUGGGAUCCACCUGGCUCCAGAUCCAGACCCCAGAACAACCAGGGCAGGCCCAGGUGACUGUAGUUCUCUAUGACAAGCAUGGUUUGGUUUCCAGCGACUCCGUUUAUUUUAAGUUUAACCAGCUGAUACUACUUGACCUUCAGUGGCUAGUCCUUGCCCCUUUCAUCGCCAUGGUGAUCUUGUUGCUAGUCAACCACGGGUUUCCCGCCAAAGAUUUACUGCCGGUUACCUUUCCUUUUAAAUCAAAGUGA